AUGGAUUCUUCGAGCACCACACGAAGACCGACAGGCGACUCGGCAGUCAAGACGACUCCUGUCGAGAGGAAAUAUCGAGACGACAAGGGAAUCAAGCACAUUAACGACUAUGUUGUUGGACGCCGUCUCGGCUCAGGACGUUUUUCUACCACAAAAGAAUACGAUCUGGUUGACCCGUCGACCGGCACCAUCCAGGGCCGUUUUGCAGGAAAACGAUACCGCAAGGCCGUCUUGUCUCGGAAGAAGGAGUUUCGCACAGACCCCGAGACCCGCCGACCCCAGAUCUACACAAAGUUGCAGGAAGUCUGGGAGGAAAUCAAAGUUCUCUCGCUCCUCAACAAUCCCUACUGCUUACGCGUGCGGGAAGUACUCGAGUCUGGCACUCAAGAAGAUGGAGAAGACGGCAAACUAUGCAUCAUCACGAAUCUGCAGGCGUGCGGCGCCGUGAUGUCGCUGAAAGGCAAUGGAGGAAGUGAACAAGAACGGUUUGUCCCCCCUCUCAAGAACGCCGGCACCAUUCCCGAGGCAGUCUGCAGGUGUAUCGUCCGGGACGUCGCCAAAGGCCUUCUCUACUUGCACGAGGAACUCAAUAUCGCCCAUCGGGACGUGAAGCCGGACAACAUGCUCAUGGGCGAAGAUGGGAGAGUUCAAAUUGGAGACAUGGGCUCGGCCGACUUCAUGGACGCUCAAGGCCGGGUUCGCCACACCAAGGGCACUUACAUGUUCAUGGCGCCCGAGUCGAUGCGCGUCUCGGCUUCGCCUGGCGAACCUUACGAGGGCCACGGCGGCCGAGCAGCGGAUGUGUGGGCGCUGGGAAUUUCGCUCUAUGCUAUGCUUUUUGGCGAGCUUCCGUUCAAAGCGACGGCAUGCAUGGAGCAACUUUUUUCGCAGCUGGCCGAGGGAGCCGUGAAGCUGCCAAAGGACAAGGCAGGCACUGUGUCUGAGGACGGGAAAGCUGUCCUUCUCUCUCUUCUUCAGCCUGAAGUGAAAGACCGAAUGACGCUUCCGGCGCUUCUGGAACACCCGUGGAUCAAAGAGGCUGACACUUCUGAGGCGGCGAAGUACGCCCGGCUCGUAUUGGACGAGCAGGCGACCUCAUCGGGCUCGGAUUAA